AAUGAAAAGCACCUCCAUCCUCAAAAAAUGAACACUUCCGAGUAAAAACAAAUCUUGCAGUGUCUUCAGUUCAAACUGACCCAUGAUCGAUACAAUAUGAGUUUCAAUACUCAAACCAUCGUGAAUACAAUGGAUUCUCUGUAUGAUGUUCCUUACAUGACUCUCUUCUGAUUCGAUUAGGUCUUUCCUGGGAAUCCCAAUCCAAACCAUUUUUAAUUGGCGACCUUCCUCAUGAACCAUCAAAAGCGCUUUUCCGAGGAGAGACGUCGAUGGCGCACAUCGAGUUUUUCUUCAGAGUGACGGUCUUCCCUACGGCCUAGACCGUCGUAUUCACCGCUCAUCACCACCAAAGCUUGGCGGAGCAGAAUCUGUUUCCACUGGAGAAAUUUUAUUCACUGCAAAUCCAGCCACCAUCUCCGACCGGCCGCCGCACAUCCAUCUGCUUUUGGUCAACCAAAAGAAAACUAAGGUUCUCUUUGAUGGGCCCUAAAAAUGAAGCCGGCCCGUCAACAUUUUCACUGUUGGGCCACAAUUGGCUCAAAUGCUUUUUGGGCCAUAAUUGGAUUGAAGGCUUAUUGGGCCAAAAUAAGAAGACACUCUUUUUGGAUUUUAAAGUCCCAUCUUUUAGCCCAUUCCUCCAGGACUAUUAUCACCUUGGUGCGAACUGUUACUGCAAUAUGCAGAUUCUACUUCGAAUUAGCUCUGGAUUGGCUGGGCGUGAUUCAACCCUUUGUGUCCCUGCGUGACACGGAUGAUGCCAUCAUGUGUGCCCCAUCUGUUGCACCGAGUGUUGUAGACAGUUUGUGGGCCGGUUUCGUCAGGAGCAACUCGUAUUCAAGAUUCAAGACCGACACUCUCGUCAACGGACAACCUCAUUCAUUGGCUCUUCAGCCUCCAGCCAGCCUCAUGUGCAGCUCCGCGACCAUAUGUGCGUACUCGUCCUCAGCCUUAGUCACCAGCCCUCCUGUAUCUUUACCUCGGGUAUGUUCAUGUCCUAUGUUGAAUGGUUCAUAUACUGUGGGAAGAAAUUGGAUGGUUGCGGUUCUGGUGGCUUUGGUUUAUUGGUUUAGAAAUAAAGUCUUGCUGUUAGUUUUAAAGUACCUCAUUAUGAGGAUUCACCGGUUACAAGUACCUCAUUAUGGAGCUAAGCUAUGCUAGAAGACCGUUUAUGGAGUGUUAUAAACAUGGUUUUGGUACUGAAUUGAAUUGUCUAGACCCAAGCUUUAGUUUGGGCGACUUGUGUGUUGUUGAUGGUUUCUGUGCAGGAGUUGUCUUCAAGGUAGAAGACGGCUGUGUAAGCAAGUUCCCGCCUUUCCAGCCAACAUCACAAAAGAGAGAACCGCCUCAAGAGACCUUGUCUUGUUUCUUCGCCGUUUCAAGUAAAGCUUCGUUUCUUGGUCGAGGUUUGGACUGGAUCAUAGAGGAUCCUUUGAUGAUCCGACAUGAAUCAUUUUCAAGACUCGUUGUGUUCUUUGUUCUAGGAGCAAAGGCACUUGCUGUAGAAGUGGCGUUUAUCGCGGCUUUAGCUUUGGUUUCAAGGUUGGCAUGUUCUUCGGAGUGUAAAGAACUUAUCCUUCUUCUCAGUUCUGGUGGUCGAGCGAGUGAGGUCGAUGGUGCCUUUGGGGAUUACAUAUUCCAGCGGCUCGUUUAUCUUACGUCUUUAUCCCUUCUUUUUCUGCUUUUGGUUGAUGUUUCUGCUAUUGUAUCUCAACCCAAAAAUAUUGUUUCUGGGUUCAUCUCCUCCAGAAAUGGAGUUUGAGUCUUUUUAAUAUAAAGUUGGUUUACAAA